AUGGAGCUAAACCUCACACGUGCAAAGGCGGCGGGCUUCAAUCCGUGGGGGGCGCUUCCUGACGAUUCCACGCACGUGCAAGCAUAUGCAUUUUGGCGCAGCAAGGCUUUGGGAGCGCAGGUUGACGCGAACCGGAUGCGGCGCAUGCCCGAGGCAGACGCUCUUGCAGCUACAGCUUUCGCGCGGACAUUGACAGCCCGGGCUGCGAAAGCUGGAUGGGCGGCGGCGGCCGAGCGGGCCACCACGGCUGAUGCGAUCGGAGAGGCACGCGCGGCCUCAGCUGCGGCGGCAGCGCAUGCUCGGUAUGCAGACGCUGUGGCAGUCGCGGCAGCCGGCGCACAGAGUGUUGCCUCGAAGCAGCGCCGCCGGCGCGAGAGUGGUAGCCUCUCGGCGCUGCUGCAGCCGUCGCAGCCGUGGGUGUCCGCGGCGUUCGCGGCCGUCAGCGCACCGCUGCCCGACCCGUACGCAGUCGCGGCACCGCUGCGCCGCGGCGAGCGGUACUGCGGCCACCAUCACCCCGACAAGUUCACCGGGGUGCAGUGCGCAGGGCAGCGCAAGCACGGCAAGGGCCGAUGCCGAGUGUGGAGCGGUUGCUGCUAUGCCGAUGCCGCCCCGCUCCGUCGCGGCAGCCCCUACUGCCACCACCACCGCGUGCGCUGCGUGGGGCUGACGCAGUCCGGCGCGCGCUGCACCGUGACGAGCUCCUCCGAGAACGUGCACGCGCAGCCGCUGCGCGACGGCGAGCUGCACUGCGCACACCAUCAGCCCGCGGCGCCAUCGUCGCUUGCUCCAUCGGCGCCCUGUCCACGCGCCGCGGUCAGCGAUCGGGCCAUCGUGCUCGGUAGCAGCGAAGAUUUCGAGGGCCCGGACGGGCCGCUGCCGCCAUCCAUCGCGAUCGUUGAAAGCGAGGCCAGGCUAGAGCAGGGCAACUGCCUUACGCAGCUACUCCGACGCUUCCCUGCACUUCACUACACCUCGAUCAAGUACAGUGACCCCACACUCCCCCACUUGUGGGUGCUCCCGCUCGAGGGGCAAACGGCACAAACGGGCCGGCUCGCGGACUUCAUGGUGAGCUUAGGGCUCACUGUGAGAGAGCAAGACCUUGACUACGAGAGCUCCGAUGACGAUGCAGCCAGCGAUGUCGACAGCGCGCGUUGCGAUGAGCCGCUGGACCCUGACGUAGAGGCGGAGUUGCCCGAUUAUUUUUAA